UUGGCAGAAUUUGUUCAAUCGGGGCCAUUGUACCACGGGAGUGUCGAAUUCAUAAACCGACUUCCAUUUUUCGUGGCCUGGUUCCAUGACAUUGAUCUCUUGGUACACUAUGUCUCUCUGCGCUCGCACGUUUUGAACAACCGCUUUCGCAUUGUCGCACAAAGAGCAAGGAGACCGGGUGAAGAAAGUGAUUCUACACUGUAACAGCCUGGAAGAUGGUCGGAACAUGAUGCGGGAAAAGCAACGCGGUUUGCAUAUAGCCAGAAAGGGAGGAAUCGAAUCGAGGUUCGGAGCAACGAAGAAGCUCGUCGUUAGCGUGCAAGCAAGCAAGCUUGGCCAAUGAUGUAACGCCGUUCUCCGCGCCCAUGAAUUCCAGAAUAUUCCCCACGUUGGAUCCAAUCCACCCGCCUCGCAACAUCGUUUUCUCUUUGCAUUGGUCCUGGUUGCACUAUCUGGUACAGCUGCUAAACGUGUCAUCUGCAUCUCUACAUCCCGAACCGACUCGUAAUGGCCAAGAAGUGCGUCCAUAAAGGCUGUGGGAAGACGUACGAGAACGACGACGAAGAUUGUGUCUACCACCCCGGCCCUCCAGUCUUCCACGAGGGGCAGAAAGGCUGGAAAUGCUGUAAACCCCGCGUCCUCACCUUCGAUGAAUUCCUCGAAAUUCCUCCUUGCACCACUGGCAAACACUCCGAGGUCGACGACACUCCCGCGCCCGAAGAGAAGCCCUCCGCACCAGACGUUCCUUUGAACACAUCAGUCUCGCUCGGUAGCGCUCAAGAAUCCGUCCCCGCACCCGUACCCCGCCUCCCAACUUCUCAAGCAGCGACCCCACGAGCAGCUACACCACAGAUUGUCGAGGAGUCCGAAGAUGAUGAUCCAGCAGCCGAGAUCAAGGAGGGAAUGACAUGUAGGCGGAAAGGGUGUGGGCAGAAGUUUGAAGGCGGAGACAGGUCAGGAGAGAGUUGCGUGCAUCACCCCGGUGCGCCAGUCUUCCACGAGGGGAGUAAAGGUUGGAGCUGUUGCAAGAGGAGGGUUUUGGAAUUCGAUCAGUUCAUGAACAUUGAAGGAUGCAAGACAAAGCCAAAGCAUCUCUUUGUCGGCAGCGGAAAGAAGGGUGCGGAGGAGAAGGUGGAUACCGUGAGGCAUGAUUACUAUCAAACUGCCACGUCCGUCAUCGCGUCCCUCUACCUCAAGAAGAUCAACAAGGAGACUGCAAAGAUCGAAUUUGAACCUACGCACGUCAACCUCGACUUGCGGACGACCGACAGCAAGCGCUAUGCAACCGAAUUUCCUCUCUUUGGAACAAUUGAUCCCGCUCAGAGCAAAUUCAGAAUCCUCGGCACGAAGCUAGAAAUGACAUUGGUCAAAGCGGAUGGUACAAGCUGGCCGGUGCUCAGAUCGGACGACAAACUCACGGGGGAGAUACUCCAGGUGGGCAGAGCUGGAAGGGUGUAA